CGCGAAUGUGUUAUGCACUCUCCGCUGCGCGAAAGGGACACGCCGAGACUGCUGAUGCAAAGCGGCAGCGAUAACGAUAUGUGCGGAGGAGAGUGGAGCAUUGGCCAAUAGACUGACCCGGCGAGGGGUGCCGAUCGACGGUACCAAAAGACAACCAUCAUCCAGUUUGGCGUUGGUGGUUUCCCCCCUGCUUCGAGUAUCUUGUUUAAGCGAUCUCAUCAACCAUGUCUGGAUGGUUCACCUCAUUUCUCAACUGCCGUCUUUGCAUAAAUGGUAAGCUGGUCGAAGACCAACUAGUCGUCUCUGAUGAUACUGGUCUCAUUUUACCCCGGACUGGAUACAUCGGUGGUGAUGCCGUAGACUUGGAAGAAGGCAUUAUUGCUCCCGGUCUGCUCGAGCUACAUACCAACGGUCUGCUUGGGUUCCACUUCACCCACUUCAACGACGAAAAAGAGUACGCUGGUCAAAUAGACAAGGCUGCCAAGUUCCUUGUUACCCAAGGUGUCACGGGUUUCUGGGCGACCAUUCCGACUGUGUCCUCUGACGAGUAUAAAAAGAUUCUACCAUCUCUAAAGCCUAGGACAAUUGACAAUUCUGCCUCUCUGCUAGGAGCUCAUGCCGAGGGACCAUACCUGGCGCCGUCCAAGAAGGGCGCUCAUAACGCGGAACACUUCUUCAAUGGCAGUAAACCAGCCGGCGAGGUAUACGGAGUGUCUGCUUCAUCUUCCGAAGUUCUCAAAUUCGUGACUCUGGCCCCCGAACUUCCAGAAUCGACGAAUUUGAUCGAGAGACUUACAUCAAAAGGCAUCCGAGUAUCACUCGGCCACAGCGCGGCUACAUAUGAGCAGGGCAUUAAAGGGGUCAAGGCUGGAGCAACAUUGUUGACGCAUACGCUCAAUGCGAUGACACCACUUCACCACCGUGAUCCCGGUCUCGCAGGACUUGUCACGACUGCCAACACAGACAGCCUUGACAGCCCUUACUUUACGAUCAUACCCGAUGGCAAUCAUCUCCAUCCCAGCGUGGCCACAAUGCUUUUCCGAGCCAAUCCGGAGAAGUGUAUAUUCAUUACUGACAGCAUCGAGCUUGCCGGAUUGGAGGACGGCGUCUAUCCAGGACACUCACAGAUCCCUUUCAAGCAAAGGAAGACAGGGUCAAAGGUGACAAUUGACGGAACAGAUACGCUAGUGGGUGGGUGUGCCAGCUUGCAGGAAUGUAUUCAGAACAUGAUGAAGUGGAGUGGAUGUAAUGUGGCAGAAGCAGUGAGAUGUGUGACUGAGAAUGUGGUGGACCUGAUGGGAGACAAGACCAGGGGCAAGUUGGAACAAGGACGAAGGGCGGACUUUGUGGUAUUGAAUGACGAGGGAGAAGUGCUGCAAACGUGGGUCGCAGGAUUGAAGGUAUGGGAGAAGAGAUGAUUACAGCAGAAGUGUGAAUCUGUAGACAACAGCGGUGCAUGUAUACUCGAUUCUAGAAUUGCAAAUAGCUGGGAUACCAGUAUCAGCUUCGGGAGUGCCCAUUAUGUUAUACUGGCGUGAAGCGAGC